AAAAUCACAGCUUUCACCAUUUUCUGCUUGCUGACACAGACUUCUAGUGGUAGGCAAAAUGGCUUUUCAUUCUGUAUUUCUGGUUUUCUUAGCUGGCCUGGCACUUUGCUCCGAAGCCGCACCAUUGGACCCUCUUGAUGCCAAGCAUCCUCUUUCCGUAAAAGUUGUGGAUUCCGUCCGAGGAAGUCCAGCUCCAAAUGUGGCAGUUAAAUUAUAUAAAGAAGCUGCAGAUGGAUCUUGGGAACUGUUAAAUUCAAAGCAAACCAAUGACAAAGGCAGCCUCUCAGAGCUUACAACUAAAGAACAAUUUGCAGCAGGGUUAUACAAGCUUGAGAUUGAUACAGUCUCUUACUGGAAGAGUCUGGGCUUGAAUCCCUUCCACCAACACGCUGAUGUGGUGUUCACAGCCAAUGAUGCUGGUAAUCGGCGUUACAAGAUUGCUGUUGUCCUCAGUCCCUUCUCUUACUCAACCACAGCAGUAGUUAGUGAGCCAGUGGAAUAAAAGCUGACAUUAAGCAGGAAAAUUCAGUUGUGUAAAUUAAAAUUUCCAUAAACGAUAAGAACUUCAUAUCUGAAUGUAUCAACAGCUUUAGAUUUCUUAGUAAAUCACUAAGUUUUUUAUUCACUUUGUUAACUUUAGGAAGAAAGUGUAUUGACUUUGUUUUCAAAUACUCUUCUGAACAAAAGUAUUCUGCAUUUCUGUAUUGUCAGUAUUACCCUUCUGAGUAAAAGUUUAGGAUUUGAAAAAAACACAUUAACCUCAGGAAAAAAUUUAUUGUAAUUCCAUUAUGGAGUCUCUGAGAAUAAACUAGUCUUCUAUGAAGCUGAUAAACUAAAUUUCUUCUUGCAAAGGAAUUGAACAAAACACAUCUGUGAAAGGCGUCUCAUGAAAAGCAAGCAGACGGAAAAUACAGUCCACCACUACCAUCUCCUAUGUUUUAUUAAUGAAGCCCACAACAGAGGAAGUCACAUGGGAUUACUUACUCAGGACCCCACAUAAUAAUCAGAUAAACUCACCUCUCAGUUCUGAUUUUGGAGACAUGGAAGUGAAAGCAGGUAAAGGUGACAGCAUAGUAGAACAGCAUUUAAAGAUGCUAAGCAGGCUACAGAUACUUAAGAUGCCUUCUUUCCUGUUUUCCAAUAUAUCAUAAUUGGUGACAUUUUCAAGGACAGACCAGAAGGCUGUGUUUCAGAAAAGUAUAUCACUCAAACAUGCUUGAAGAAGUUUAUUCAUGUAUUUGCAGAAAAUUCUGCAAAUAUUGUCCCAAGUUAAAGUACU